AUGACUAUUCUCGGUCACAUACGACGCCAACAACAGGACUGCUUAGACGACAACGAGGCCGCCAUGAGCAACCUGCUCGCCGAGCAGGACCGCCUACACAAAGCCUACGUAGACCACCCCACAGACGACAACAUAAGAGCCAUCUACCGUAGUCGCCGCCCUGUGCAACAGCAGAUGGGCGAUAUGCAGGACGCCUGGACUGCUCGCAAAGCCGAGGAGAUCCAAGGGCACGCGAAUCACAAUAAAUGA